AACAGAAUGGUGUAUUCGAAAUUCGAUCUUUGAUUAUAGAAUCGAUUGUAUCAUUGACUAUUGUUCUUAGAAUCGAUUCUCAAUUCUAUUUAGAUCUUAUUAACAAGAGAGGUUGGGAAGACCUUUACAAUGCUUUAUAUUCAAACGCACAAAAACUAUGGAAACCAAAACUCCAAAGACCUGAUGAAUGGAACUCGGGUUUCGCAAUUUUAGAAAAUGACAAAGAAAUUAACAGUGAAGUGGAGAAAAAUGGUCAUUUAAUGGUAAAGUAG